CAACUUUUUUUUCUACAGAUCUAUUCAGUAUUUAAUCAUGAAGUCUGUUGAUCGCCCGCCCAGUAAUCCAAAAAGAUUAACCAUUGAAUCCAGUCAGGAGGUUUUUUCAAUAGACAUUUCCAGACGUACAAGAUCCAGCAGCUCAGCUCACCAAGAUGAUAUUCCCCAAAAUCAGGAGCAGAAUGAGCCACAGCCAGCCCCAAUCCAUCGUUUUCGCAGAAAGGCGUUAGCUUGUCGUUUAAAAAGAAAACCUCCUGCUCCAUCCACACUGUCCGACGACGAUUUCAUGGAUGCUCCAUCGUUGAAGCGCCAAUUCAGAUCUGCCUCACCUUCUCCUUCAGAACAAAUCAGUGCAAAGAAGUUAAAAGUACCUUCUCCUCAAGUUCCUUGCGUGAAAAGAAGUCCAAAGUCUAAGAUCAUUACAAAAAAAACUCUCCUAAACAGAAGACUCCUAGAAAAUCACAGAAACUGAACAUCCGCUGCAUUCCCUAUGAUGUUAUUGUAUCAUCUUGGAUAAUGAGCGAUCGGCAGCGCGAUGCUGUCGCUAGGUUGGGAUUUUCAAGCAUAUUUGAUUUGCGAACUGAUGCCUUAGAGAGCAGAUCACUCAUCAGGUGGUUGAUGGAUAAAUUGGACCCACAUGACAUGACCAUACGCCCAGGGGCUGGCAAGGAACUGAAGAUAACAAAAGAUACGGUUCAUCUGAUUUUGGGUUUGCCAUGUGCUGGAGGAGGCAGGGAGUUUACUGAUUGGUAUGGUGAAGUGGAUGCUGCUGCAAAACUGAGACGUGAUCUCAAUGUUGGUAAAGAAGAAUUUGAUGUUGUCAAGCUUCAAGACAAGAUAGUGCUUGGCAACGAUGAUGAGCUAUCAAUUAGAUGCUUUUUUCUGAUUCUAUUCAAUCGGCUUCUUUUUCCUUCUGCUUCUUGGGGCAUUACAAACAAUGAGGUACUCAUGACUUCAAACAUGGCCCGAAUGUCUGAUAUUGACUGGUGUCAACUAGUUUACACGGAUUUGUGUGAUGCUGCCGCACGUUGGCAUAAAAGGAACAAAACAAACAUCACAGCAACAAUAUAUGGAUGCUCACUCAUUGUUCUGAUUUACUACCUUGAUCACCUACAUCACCCUGCAUCUCCUGUUAACAAAUAUGGUACUCCACGCAUUAAGUUUUUUGACAAUGAGACCAUAAAAGAGUUGGCUCGUGGUGACAGGCGCCCCCCGUAAAACUGGUGAACCAUUCGGAUAUGCAGAGUUUCGUAGCCGUUCAGAAACGUGUUGCUUCUGCCGUUUUCAACAUAUAUGUGCCACGUAUCAAUAAUUUGAUUGGCAACAAGUUGCAAUGUUUGCCCUCCCAGCAGCGUCCAAUGUUUCAAUCAUUGUUUGAUGCUCAUGACAAAGAGGUGGAUAAAUACUGUGAUUCCCUUCAGCUGAGCCAUCAGAUGAUGGUUUCGAAGCAGAUUGAACUCUCUGAAACAUUUGGUGAAAUGAUCGAUGAAGUUCUGAGAGCUGCAACGCAGCGCGAUUCACAGCCAGAAGAUAACCCCCCACUACCUCAAUGACUCCAACAAAUGAUCCAGUAUCCACACCAACUGCUCCAACACCUGAUAAACAGCAACAUGACCAGGAAAGCCAUGUUCCUACUGAUCAUAUCAAAGUAUUAAAUGAUAUUGUCAGUGGGAACCUGCUUAAGUUCAUUUUGUCAGGAAAACUAGAUCCGAGCAUGUCUAUCAUUAAUUUUGGAGGAUUUGGAGGGACUGUCCUUGAUGUUGUCCAGUCGUUUGGUCCCAACAAAUGUCUUGAGAAUACUUUCAUGCAGGGAUUUAUCGACUGUAUUCGUCAGGAUGAUGUAUUAUACAAUCCAGAUUCUGUAAUCAACACUCUAAUACUGAAUGUCAACGUUGGGACCGUUUUGAAUAUCGAGGAGUUUGAACAACACAGUUCAAAUCCACAGCCCUUCACAACAUCACUUCUUAAAGAACAUCUUGAACCGACCCUUCCUUCAAAUGAUGUUCUGAACCAGAUUAAAUUGAUCCUGGUUCCUAUGCUACGCCGAAGUCACUGGACCCUUUAUGCAAUCAAUUUUGAACGUCGUCGAAUAGACAUCUUAGAUUCAAAUUCUUAUGGUACAUUGCUUGGAGGCACUACAUGGAAACAAAUCCAUAAUGAUCAAAUAAUGAUAAAUGGAACGAAGAUACCUUGGUCCAGAUUAAUAAUGAGAAGACUUAGCAUUGCCUUACAUGAAGCUCGACCUGAGUCAACUGUACCAAAGUUUGGCAACUACAAGAUUGGGCUCCUUCCCAAUUGUCCAACCAUGACACCAGGGUCAAAUGAUUGUGGUUUUUUUGUCGCAAACUUCCUCCGCUACUACGAUUUUGAUGAUGGCGACUUAUCAGAAUUUUAUACUCCGGAUGAACCAAUGGACCAACGUGCCUUUGUUCUGCAUUACCUUACUUUUCAUCGCAACAACAUGGUUGCCCCCCUUCCUGCAGAACUGCUGCCUUUCAAGUAUUCUCCAAGGAGACGCCGCUGUUUGAAAGCCAAGACUUAGAUAGCAUAGCUGAACAUGAUUCCCUGUGGGAUCCACAAAACUGUUUAUGUUACUUGUUAAGUCACUUAUGUCAGGCCUAUGAUCAUGUGUUUGAUACUCCGCGUGCCACUUAUGUUCAAUGUGUCUAAUGUCUAUGCUACUUCGCAUCAGUUUCUAUCUGAAGUGUGUCAAACAUAAUUGUUACCAGAAUGUCUAUUUAUGUUUUCUGUUA